ACUCAGGCCAUGCGCAUCGUGCGGACAGUCGGUCAGGCGUUUGAGGUGUGUCAUAAGCUCAGUCUGCAGCAUGCAGAGCAGGAUGCUGACGGUCAGGCGGACGGGGAGAGUGACAAGUCGACGGAGGAGCCCAGCAGCAACGGCCGUAAACUGACGGGAGCAGAGCGAGGGGAGGAAGACGAGGACGGCAAACACGGAGGAAGGCGGGGAGGAGAGGAUCCUUCAGCUGGCGCUUCACUGUGUGAGAAGGCGGUCAGUGAAAUCCUGCAGAGCCUGGCUGAGCUAAACGUCGUCAAACCUGGACAGACCAUCAUGGACUUUGAUCGAAGGUCCGUCUACACUGUGACAUCCCAAGGCGUCACUCCCAGAAGCCCUUGCUCUCCGUCUCUCACUCCGCUGGCUUCUCAGCACUACCUGCAGCUCCUUCAGCAGCAGCUGCAGCAGCAACAGCAGCACACACAGGUGGCCGUCGCUCAGGUGCAGCUGCUGAAAGAUCAAAUGGCAGCAGAGACGGCUGCUCGUAUGGAGGCUCAGGCCCGCGUCCACCAGCUGCUGCUGCAGAACAGGGACUUGCUGCAGCACCUGGCCCUGCUGGUGCAGCAGCUGAAAGAGCUGGAGGCCCGCUCCCCGAAAACAACUCAAGCAGGGCAGCCGCAACAGGAGCCUCAAGCUAAUGGGCACAAUGGCCAGCAGUCAGCGAGCAGCUCAGUCUGCGCGUCAGUAAAGUCUCUCUCCUUGAAUCUAAAGAAUCACUACAGUCAGACCCUGGACCAGCUCAUCACCUCCACACCCGCAUGGCCGCUCCACGCCUCACCCCUCUCCCCCGCCCAGGUGGACUGUGCCGAGUCGUACCUCAACCUGCUCAACCUGGAGAACAGCACCAAACCGGGGGGCUCGGUCGAAGACCUGGACCCCUUCAUCAGGGCCAACGGCACCGCGGAGGGCAAAGAGAACUCCUGCAGCGAGAUCGUCCCGUUCACGUCGAGGAACUCCACCAACAUGGAUGAAAAGUAUGAACAGAUAAUCCCCAAACUUGACCCUCCUCCGCCCUCCAUGAACCGCAAGAGGGCGAGCAGGACAUUGUCUCCGGGGUCAGAGGUCAUAGCCGUGCCCACGCCUGGAGAGGUCACCGCUAAUGACGCAGCCCCGAGCCGCAGCAGCAGCCUCUCCUUCCCAGACAUCACCCCCAGCUCCCUGUCCUCCGCCGACUUCCACUCCCUCAGCAACGGCGAGAGCAGCUCCUGUUCGGCCAGCGAGGACUCGGGCGUCCGCUCCGAGACCAAGUCGCUGAUGUCGCCCCUGCGCGACGACGACGACCUGUUCGGGGACCGCGGGACGUUUUUGACGGCCUCCAGCGGCUGCGACAGUCCCCUGGAGGAGGGAGGCGAAGUCUCACCCUCUGAGCCGUACCCUCCUGAACCCCCCAUCCUCACCUCACAUUCGGACACCUGCGAUCACCCACUGCCUUUCUCCUCUCCUAUGAAUGAUACCUGCCUCCACAUCAGUUUUUCGGAGGACGAGCUGCUGGAGAGCAGCCAAGAAGACCCUGCUGUCCCACAGCGGAGUUAGGAACAUGCUCCUCCUUUUAAUCCAAUAUUUACUAUCAGACCCUCCUGUGUUUGCACUGGGCUCCAUUUCAGGACCUUUAAUUGUUCCAUCCACUUGUGACACAGUACAGACAUAGCAUAUACCAGUUACUGAGAAGUACUCUAUUGUAUAAAUUAUUAGCCAAUGGACAGAUUUAGUAUUUUUGUAAUGGAAUUAAUGAUCUAAUUUACUUCUUAGUGACUAGAAUGUUAAGCAGAAUACAUGUAGCAAUUCUUGCACUGUUAAAGUCACACAUAAUUUACCGUAGAGUUUAAAAACAACAAGGGAACACAUUUUAUUUUUGCUAGUAGUCCUUUAAAACAUUAUUUUGUAUGAUGCUUCACUGUGGUGCAAACUAUUGUGGAAAUCCCAUUUUCUGCAGAUUUCACAGAGUAAAUGUUGGUGAUGUUGGGAAGAGCCUCUCCUUCUGCAAAGCACCCGACUGGAUGAUGGAAAGAAAAGAACAAGAAAGUCAGUAAAGGGGAAAAUGGGAGGAUAGAGGUGAGCAGAUGUAGUUGUGUUUUGGUUUCUCCACAACCAUUUGUGGUUGUGUAUUACGUUUUCGUGCUGUCAAAGGCAAGUGAGUUUUAGAAUGUGUUUUCUUGCUCUCUAUUUGGGGUUUUCAGACUUGUGGGCCUUAAAAUAGCGCUGGGAAAGUUAGUGAAGGUAUUUUGUGUUCUGCAUUGAAUCGAGUCUUUAUGUAGCACGGCUGCAAUCCUAAAAUCUGAAAAGAUUUUUUUUGUAUUGAAUUUAAAGUAUUUCAGUUUUGAGAGACAGCACGGGAAGAAAGCAAAUCUUCAAACAUUGACAUGACGAGCGAGUAGCCAUGAAAGCUUUGGAUUGCACCUGUCUGAGUGGGGAGACUGUGUUAAAAUGAACCCUGAGACUCAAUGGGAGGAUAAUUGGGGAUCACAGAGGCCUCUGGAGAAAGACAGCCUGGCAGAUGGAUUUUCUCUUCUGUGCCUCUCUCUUUGUGAAAACUUGAAUAUCCAACAAAUGUGCUGCAUUUUCAGCUGUAGGCAUAAAUUAAGCUGACAUUGUCGCAACACAUGCAGUAUGCUGUAUGUUGUUGAUACACGUGUGUAAUUUAACCUCAACGGUGGGAACAUCGUUUUCACUUUAGUAACGUACAUCAGUGUGGAGCUGCAACAAGCAGCUGAUGAACAGAAAAUAAAUCUGUUGCUAAACUAUCUUAACAACAUUUUAACUCAAUGUUGAUAGAUCAGCUGACAGUGAAAACAGCUGUUAGUUGCAGCCUUUUAUAAAUAUAUGUAGAAAACAAAGGUGUUGUUGAGCUGAAUAUGUAAAAAAUAUGAAAUGUAGAUGAAAUUCAAACUAAUCAAUAGUUUCGGGUCAAUUUUUGGUUAAAAAAAAUGCCAAAAUGUUCUGGUUGCCGCUUCUAAAAUAUAACUAUAUUUAAGUUUUUUUAAUUCAAUACAACUGGUGGAAAAAUAAUCAGCAAGUGACUGAUGAUGUUUGUUUGUUCUCCCCACAAGAGUAGCUGUUUAAAUUUGAAUUUAAAGGGAUUCUACUGCUUUGUUAAUGGCGUUAUCUUAAGUGUACUGGGGUUAUCUUUGACGAGUAGAAGUGAAACUAAAUGAACUGGAGAGUUAAGCAGCUGAGGUGUUACAGGGUUGUCAAGGUGCAGGUGUAAAAAGCCCCAAAUGAAAAACUUUUUACACCCAGAAAUGAGGCUUUUCCCAACAUCACAUGUGGCAGGGAGCUUAACAGCAAUAACCAUGGAUGGAAAAAAAUAAUAAAGAGGAAUAGUUGAAAAACAUCCGCAAUUAAC